GCUACCUCCGUCCGUCUCCAUCGCGGGACCAGGCGGCUCAGUUGGUGCACUCGCACUCGCGCGAGUAGCCCAGGUUCUUGGUGCAGUUUGAACUUCGAACUCCUAGGUAAGCUUUGCAGACGCGCUGUCGACUGUCCUCUUGAGUCCAUGCUUGCCGCCAUUUUUCCUUCCCAGUGCUCCAGAGCUAAGCAGCUGCUCGCUGUACUAAAACCAAGACUGCUGCAAAUGUCGACAAUCAAGAAACACUGUGCCGAAAAGACCAUUGGGACCCACGAUGGAACUUUUCACUGCGAUGAGGUGCUAGCAUGUUACAUGCUGAAGAAGUUACCAGAAUUCAGUGACGCUAGAAUUGUGAGAACUCGAAACGAGAGCAUUCUAGAGACGUGUGACGUCGUAGUUGAUGUGGGCGGAGUCUACGACUCCAGUAAACAUCGCUAUGACCACCAUCAAAGGUCGUUUACAGGAACGAUGAGCAGUCUGAGUGAAGGUAAGAAGAGACGGGCGACGAAAUUGAGCAGCGCUGGGUUGGUGUACCUCCACUUUGGUCACCGUGUACUCUCAAAAAUCUCAGAUAUCGCCACGGAGACUCCAGUGCUAGAGGAUCUCUAUGACUACGUGUAUGCCGAGUUCAUGGAAGAGAUCGAUGCGGUAGAUAAUGGCAUCAGCGACCGAGAUGGGGAGCCAAGGUACAGUGUCAACAGUACCAUUGGGAAGAGAGUGGCACGACUUAAUCCAGAUUGGAACGAAACUGCCUCCGGUGAAGACUCAAUGGAGAGGUUCAAAAGGCGAUGGAAUUAGUUGGAGGGGAAUUCCUCGAGGUCAUCGACUACUUCCUGAAGAGCUGGCUACCAGCUAAAAAGAUUGUUGAAAAGGCAAUCGCAACUCGACAUGAGGUUCAUGUGAGUGGAGAAGUGAUAAAGCUGGAGCAGUUUAGUCCAUGGAAGAACCAUCUGUCCUCCCUGGAGCAGUCACUGGCCCUCUCCCCCACCAUCAAGUACACCCUCUACCAGGAGGGCAACAGUGCCAAGUGGCGCGUUCAGGCAGUUCCUGUCAACAAAAACUCUUUUGAGAACAGGUAUUUUCAAAAACGUUCGUGAAUUUCUUAUCACCCCUCCCUAUCUAUUGAUGUUUUGGAAAAAUACACACAAAUGACGCAAUUCCACACUAGUAUAAUUAAUUUGAAUCCGACAGAUUUGUGUGUGUUUCUAAAAUGUUUCCAGGCUGUCGCUGCCAGAGCCAUGGCGAGGCCUGAGAGGGGCGGAGCUUGACGAGGUUGCCGGGAUACCAAACUGUGUGUUUGUCCACAACAGUGGGUUCAUAGGAGGCAGCGAGACGUUUGAGGGAGCUCUGAAGAUGGCCGUCAAGUCACUCGAAUUUGCAGCUGCCACUACCAGGCAGUCGUGAAACGACGCUUUAUCUAUGCAGCUACCAAAAAUUCAUGAAACCACACUUUGAAAACCGUUUACAAGUGUCCUUCAUGUUCUGUGAUUCAGUCAAAUGUUUGUGACAAUCGUACAAAAAUAUGUAAAAGGGGGGAAAAUUUUGAAGAGAUGUAAAAUUAAUCAGGGGUGUAUAUACGUAUAAUAUUGCUAGUUGGGAAGGAGGUUCCCGCAACCGAAAAUAUUUUGUGGGUCGAUGUUUGAUUUGACGGCUCUCAGCAUAUCCAUGGCAACAGGGCCAAGGGUUCCUGGUAUCCAACGCUUUCGAAGUUUACCGACUCCGUGAUGGUGUGAGAGGCUCCCUCCACUGGCCAGGAUCUCUUCUCUAGCCGAGGCCUCAAUAUCUUCAAAGGCCUGCAUAGGAUUACCGACUCCGGUGUAGUUGAAGGCCAAAUAGAAGUAGAUACAGGCACCUGCGUCGUAUAUCUGGGUAACCCUGUUUAUCAUGAGAGUGAUAGAUACGUAGU